AGUGUUUCUAUGGGUCUCCAGGCAGAGUGAAGAUGUUCCUGACAACAGUGAAUUGUGUCCUGAGGACUCGACAGGUGCUAUGUUAAUGCAGGCUCCUUCAUUCUUGCUGAUGAGUACUUGAUGGUUGAGAGAGUUCACAACGUUGCCAAGAGCAAGUCGAAGUCCAUCCUUGUGAGGAUGGUGAGUGCAGCUGGAAGUGGCUACUGCUUCAAUACAAAGAGGAGCCGACUACGGGACAAACUCAUUCUGAGAAAACAUGAUCCGAUAGUGAACAAGCACGUGCUUUUCUUUGAAAAGAAGAAAAUCCGGUCAAUCUGAUAUAUGAAGUUGAAAUGAACUGACUUUGUGCAAGGACAAUUCUGGAACUGAAUGGGAUUUCCAGUAAAUAAUGAAUAGCACCUUGAGUUUCAGGAUAAUGCAAAAUGUGAUGGUGAUAUUUCAAAAGCUGACAAGAAUGUAAGGAGAGAGAACAAUCAUUUUUACACUUUUAUUUACACUUAACAGUUAUUUAAAAACAAAAUCAAUAAAAUGAGCAAUGGCUAGAACCAA